AUGUCCAAAAAUCAACACAAGGAAAAGUCCUCGUUUUGGAAGAAACUAGGUCUAGGAAAGAACAAGAGCUCAGUGACCUCGUUGAAAUCAGAGAUUCAAAAACAACAAGAUGAUGCACAUUCUAUCAAAAGCAAAAGAGCCAGUACCAUUUACUCCUCACCACCUCCGAAUCAGCACUCUCCACCGCCCACUCCUAAACCGAUGCCUUUAAUGCAGCACCAAGUAGACAACAAAAAGACGAUGCUAUUGCAAAAAGCAAAGAAGAUACCAACAUCUACACAAUCAGAUCUGAAAGCAGUUGACAUGUCCUAUGGACCCAUUACUACUCCGACUGCAGAUCUGCACAAUGAAGAGCAUCAGAAGCAAGAGGAAUCCGCAGCUGAUACACCAGCAAAAGAUAUUGAGCAAAAGGAUAUGACAACAACUAUGAUUUCCACCGAACAGCCGAAUGUUACACCUAGACAGUAUGAAGAAUCAGAUGACAAUAAUCCUGAACAAGAAGAGGAAGAAGACACAAAUAAAAGCUUUUCGUCUUUUGCUGUAUUGGAUAAAACAAGUUCACAUCAAGAGCUAUUGGCUGUCAUUUCAAACUUGAAGCAAGAGUUGGAAAAGGAAAAGGCAACCGUUCUCGCACUACAGAAGCAGAAAGAAGCUGUAACAAAAGAUUUGGACUAUUUCGAGUUGACCGUAGACGAACUAUUCACUGAAAAGACGGAUCUGUUGCAACAACUAGAGGAUGAAAAGAUAAAGAGUCAGCAUCAUUUGGAUGAUUUGAACCUGCUCUUAGAGAAGAUGAAGUCAACUGCAGACAAUGCGAGGGAUCAGUCUUUUGCAGUUGAUCAAACGAAAUCAGAGUUUGAGGCAUAUCAAGCUCAAGCUGAACAAGAAAAGAGAUCAUUGAUGUCAGAAAUCGACGAAAAAGAGAAUGCCAUCCGUGAAUUAAAGUUCAAAUUAAGUAAAUCACAAGAGCAAUCAGAAACAUUGAAAGAGACGAUAGACCAGCUUGUAAAAGCCCAUGCUCUCGAGUUGAGUCGUACAACAGCUCAGCUCCAACAGCAACAACAACAGCAGCAGCAACAGCAGCAGGACAAGGAAAACCAAAAUAAUUCUUGGUCGUUGCAAACUCCCAACGGAUCUCCACGUAUACAGCCUGACUCUCAGCAAGAAGAGCAACAUGUGUACGAUAACCCAAGCGUAUAUGACAGCACUCCACAAUCAAUGUCUAGAAUGGAUUCUUCAGAUCGCUAUAGAACACCGAAAGAGUCUAUUGAAUACAUGGAUGAUGUUGAUCUCGAUGAUCAGUUGAUGAGACUUACGAAAGAAAAGGAAACGCUUCAAUCUCACUACUCGAAAAUUCCAUUGACUGGCGGUGGACCACAAUCUCGCCGUCGCAAAGAAGAAUUGGAAGCCAUGUUGGAUCAUGUCGACUCUCAGCUCAGUAAAGUGAAGCAAAAGAUUAGAAGGUCGUAA